AUGGCCCUGCCAGCCGAAGUGGUCCUGCUGCUGCUGCUGCUGCUGCUGCUGCUCCUGGGGCUGUGGGGGCUGCGCCGAGCCCCGGCCCCCAGCCAGCGCUGGCCCCCCGGCCCGAGGCCCUGGCCAUUGGUGGGGAACCUGCACCUGCUGGACAUGAGGCAACUGGAUCGCUCCCUGAUGGAGCUGGCAGAGCGCCAUGGGCCGGUGUUCACGGUACACCUGGGCCCCCAGAAGACAGUGGUGCUGACUGGCUUUGAGGCGGUGCGGGCCGCACUGGUGGGCACAGGGCCGGAGCUGGCGGGCCGGCCUCCCAUCCCUAUUUUCCAGCUCAUCCAGGAAGGAAGGGGGGUCUUCUUUUCCUCCGGGCCUGGCUGGAAGGUGGCGCGCCAGUUCACUGUCCGCACCCUGCACAGCCUGGGCAUGGGCAGGGCCCCGGCCACCCACAGGGCCCUGGUGGAGCUGGGGCAGCUGCUGGCACAGCUAAGCAGCUAUGAGGGCCGGCCCUUCCCCCUGCCUGUGCUUGGCUGGGCAACCUCCAACAUUACCUUCGCACUCCUCUUUGGCCAGCGGUUUGAGUACCAGGACCCCCUGUUCGUCUCCCUGUUGCAUCUCAUUGAUGAGGUCAUGGUGCACCUGGGCUCCCCCGGCCUGCAGAUGUUCAACAUCUUCCCCAGACUGGGUGCCCUGCUAGGGCUGCAUCGGCCGGUCCUGCGCAAGAUCGAGGCGGUUCGUGGCAUCCUGAAGACGCUCCUGGGGGCACGGCGGUGCCACGUGCUCAGGGGGGGCCCUGUGCAGGGCUAUGUGGACACGCUGAUCCUGCAGGGCCAGGGGGACACGCCCCUGGGCCCGUUUUCCGAGGCCGACAUGCUGGCCUGUACCCUGGACAUGGUCAUGGCCGGCACCGAGACCACCUCGGCAACACUGCAGUGGGCCGCCCUCCUGAUGGGCCGGUACCCCAACGUGCAGGGCCGUGUGCAGGCAGAGUUGGACCAAGUGCUAGGCGACCGAUGGCCUCAGCCAGCCGACCAGGGCGCAUUGCCCUACAGCAAUGCCGUCCUCCACGAGGUGCAGCGCUACAUCACACUCCUGCCCCACGUGCCGCGCCAGGCCACCGCCCCCAUGCGCCUGGGUGCCUACCUGCUGCCAAAGGGCACGCCUGUAAUCCCACUGCUGACCUCUGUACUGCUGGAUAAGGGACAGUGGGAGACCCCUGACCAGUUCAACCCCGGCCACUUCCUGGACGCCAGCGGUCGGUUUUCGAAACCAGCUGCCUUCCUGCCGUUCUCUGCGGGCCGCCGCGUGUGCGUCGGGGAGAGCCUGGCCCGCGCCUCGCUGUUCGUGCUGUUCGCCGGACUCCUCCAGCGCUUCCGCCUGCAGCCUGCGCCUGGCGUCCCCACGGCCGCCCUGGACACCACGCCCGCACCUGCCUUCACCAUGCGCCCUAGGGCUCAGGCCCUGUGCGCGGUGCCCCGGUGGCGCUGA